UGCCCCAUGUGCUCGGGUGAGCCGUGAGCCGUGUGCCCGCCCGCUGCGCUGCACAGCUGCUCCUGAGCGCGGCGCGCGCCUCGCCGUGCGCUCCCAGCUCCACCAUCGUCAUCACCGCCACCACCAUGGAGGAUGAUCUCGUGUCGGAGGAUGACGUCCUUCUCAAGUCGGAGAAGGAGCUGCACGAGGUGGCGCGCAGGAACGACGUGGUGCGUCUGCGCGAGCUCAUCAAGAAGGGCGUCGACGUCAAUGCCAAGAGCAGCGUGGACCGCACGGCACUGCACCUGGCGGCGGGCAGCGGGCAGGAGGAGGCGGUGAAGGCUCUGCUGGAGCACGAGGCCGUGGUGGACAGCGAGGACAAGUUCGGCAUGAAUGCGUUGCUGCUUGCCUCCUGGUUCGGCCACCGCAAGGUGGUGCAGAUGCUGGUGUCCGCGGGGGCAAAGGUCACGUGCGAGAACAAGAGCGGGCUCACCGUGCUGCACUGUGCCGCCCAGCGCGGCCACGCCGCCGUGAUGCAGUUCAUCAUCGAGGACCUGGAAGACCUCGACAUCGACAAGACCACGAAGCUGGGCCAGACGGCGCUGCACCUGACAGCGGAGGAGGGCCAGCUGCAGGCUGUGGAGUACCUCCUCUCGUGCGGCAGCUCCCUCGCCAUGCGCGACAAGGACAACAAUUCGCCGCUGCACCUCGCGGCCGGGCGAGGCCACCUCGCCGUCGUGAAGAAGCUGCUGGAGGCCGGCGCGGAGAUGGAUGGCAAGAACACGGCGGGACAGACGGCUCUGCAUCUCGCGGCCGAGGGCGGGCAUCACCACUGCGUGCAGCUGCUGCUGUCCUCCGGCUGUGACAUCGAUGCGCAGUCGAGCAAGAGCAUGACGGCGCUGCACUACGCGGCGCGGAGCGGGCACGACGAGGUGGCGCAGCUCCUCAUCCGGGGCGGCAUCGCCGUGGAUGCCGUGGACCACCACCACACCACGGCCAUGCAGCUCGCCGUGCUCCACAACUUCCCGCUCAUCGUGAAGCUCGUCAUCGACGCUGACGGGGACCUGGACAUCGCCGACAACAGGCAGCAGACCCCCCUACACGUCGCGGCAGAGCACGCGCGGCAGGACAUCGCCGAGAUGAUCCUCAUCUCCGGCGUCAACCUGAAGCUCGUGGACAAGCAGGGGAAGACUUCUCUGGACAUCGCAGCCCGGGGAAACCACAUCAGCAUGGUGGACAUGAUCAUAAAGGCCGACCGGUUCUACAAGUGGGAGAAGGACAACCUCCCGAGCGAGUCGGACUCGUGGGUCCUCAAGCACCUGACGUUCAAGCAGGACCAGCGGCCGGAGACGGAGCACAUGCGCUCCGUGCUGUGGCGUCUGUCCACGCAGCACCUCAAGGUGGGGGAGUGGAAGUGCCUGGCGCAGCACUGGACCUUCACAGAGGCCCACAUACGCGCCAUCGAGCAGCAGUGGACAGGCAGCAAGAGCUACAGGGAGCACGGCCACCGGAUGCUGCUCAUCUGGCUCCACGGCGUCCUCACGGCCCGGGAGAAUCCCAUCAAGAGCCUCUACGAGGGCCUCGUGGGCAUCGACCGGCUCGACUUGGCCGAGAGCAUGCGGAGGAAAGCCAACGCAGAGAACGACUCCCCAAAGAAGUGCGCCAUGACCUGACACGGCGGUUGGGCCGUGGGUCAGCCCACAGCGGGCGGACGCACCUCCCCCCGUCGCUGCUGCCUCCCCUCUCCUCACCACCUCAACCUCAUCACCGUCCCAACCUCCUCACCAUCUCACGCCGCCCCCUCGCUCCGCCCGCCUUGGAAGGCGCCGCUCCAAGCGCUGCCGGGGGGAUCGCGUCCAGCGCCCAGCGGCCAGCGUGGGGCUGUGGCAGCGAGCCGGAACCCUCCGCCUUGUGUACGUGCGUGUGUACGUGCACGUAUACACGCACGUACACACGCACGUACACGCGCACGUAUGCACGCAGACUUCACUGCUUGCUCACUAACGCAAACUAAUGCACACGAACAAACGCGCUGUCAAAAUGGCAGGCACAGCCAAGUAUGUUCUCCCCGUGAUCUUGGGCUCACGGUCGCUCAGUUUUACAUCAGCGUUUUUGAUGUGGCUCGAGAACGGAAGCCCGGCGUGCAAGUGCAAUCACGCAUUCUCGAUCAACUGCUGGUGAAAAUAUUCGUACGACGAUGACAUCUCCGACUGGGUCUCAUGAGGGUACAAUUUCAACCAUGUCUUGACAUCGUUGCUCCAGAUCUUUUCUGAUGUGCUGUACGUAUGUAUGUAAGUUGAACUUCUUUCGCACCGUACGUAGCCAAACGUGAUAAUCGGAGGUGCGGGGGAAAGACAACAAACUAAACACAAACAUCAGUUUUAAAGAAAUUAGGUUUCAAUCAAGAUGUCAACGUGCAUAGCUCACAGCGGCUUCCUGAUAUCGGGAGGAAGAACGUUCCAGACGGCCGCAGAAGCGCAUCUGAAAGCGUGCAAUGCAGUGGCCAUCUUUGUUCGAUGGCGAGCCAAAAGCUGCUCGAGGAUGACCAACGUAUGUACGUUGAACUUCUUUCACACCGUACGUAGCCAACCGUGAUGAUCGGUGGUGUUGUCGGGUCGUUCCGCGUGUUUCGCCCGGCACGGCGUCCGACGUCUCCGCCGCACGCGCUCGAAUCUUUUUUUCUUUCCUUUUCGGGAACCGAAACGGAGGAUGAAGCUUCCGAAGGACGUGGUUGCGAAACGUCGGUCUUUGUGCGCCGCCGUAGCCCGCCGACCGUCGCUCACCUCUGUGGCAGCGCGAUACGGAAGGGAAGGCUGUGGAUGAGAUGGAUCGUCGGGGUCUCGCCACAGGGCCACACACACACACGCGCGCGUCCUAGGCAAGUCGUCCUGCGUUGGGAGUGGAUUUUUUUGUGUUUUUCUACCGCUCUCCUGUUCGCCGAUCCAUGCCUCGAAGCGCCGUUGCCGCCGCUGCUGCUGCUGCUGCCGCCGCCGCUGUUGUUGUUGUUGCUGCUGUUGUUGUCGCGACGGUGACUUUGUAACAAGUGAGGGCGGUGCCUGUUUUGGUGUGGACUGCGUGCUGGGCACCGCCUCGCUUUCUUUGGUGUGUUUUGUAUGGAUUUACAAAACGGUGAGCGAGUGGUCGAUGGUUGUGCAGCAAUAAAAAAUGACGUCCGUUGAAUGUU